AGUUUUUACCGUUUUAUUUCGAUCUAAAGACAAAAAUAUCUGAAAAAUCAUUCAAUUUUUAACCUCUAAUCUCAAGGUCAAAGAGAUAAAAAUGGGUGAAGAAGUCAGGAUGACUGACUUUGACGCUAGCGGCGGAGACAAUGAAGAAGCUACCGCAAACACCGUCACCGCCUUCGUUGAUAAAGACGACGAUGUUGGCGAAAGAAUCCUCGAAUGGGAGACGGGGUUACCUAACUGCGAUGAUUUAACUCUCUUAACUCAAUCCUUAAUCCCGCCGGAACUUGCCAACGCUUUCAGUAUCUCGCCGGAGCCUCGUCGGACCGCUGUUGAUGUCAACCGCGCUUCUCAGGAUACUCUUUUUUCCCUCCGCUCUACCGGGGCCCACUCCUCAACCACCAAUAAAACGAAUAGCAAUUCCCCUUGUUUUAAUGACACAACAGUAGUCGAACCGGAAGGAGACGGUUCGGGAUUGGGUACCGGAUCGGACCCGAAGAAGUUGAGGAACGUGGUAAUUGGAGAGGAAGCGGAUUCAGAGGCUAGGACGACGGAUAAUUCAGACGAUCCAUCGGGUAGGACCCUGAAACGGCCGCGUUUAGUUUGGACGCCGCAACUGCACAAGAGAUUCGUCGAUGUGGUGGCUCAUUUAGGGAUAAAAUACGCGGUUCCCAAAACGAUCAUGCAGUUAAUGAACGUCGAAGGCUUGACCCGGGAAAACGUCGCCAGUCAUUUGCAGAAAUAUCGGCUUUAUUUGAAAAGAAUGCAAGGCUUGAACAACGAAGGCCCAUCGGCUUCCGAUCAGCUCUUUGCAUCAACGCCGGUACCGCAGAGUCCUCACGAGAGUGGAAGCGGCAGUGGUGGAGGAGGAAGUAAUGGAGGUGGGGGUAGUGGCAAUUUGAAUGGGCAUUUGGGUAUGGCUAUACCGAUGCCUUAUGGGGCACCAAUGAUGCCAGUACCGAUGCCAAUGUAUGGACAUAUGGGGAUGCAUCAAGGAUUGUAUCAUCAACCACAACAGCAGCAUCACCAGAAUGGGUACGAAGCGAACUCCUAUGGGAUGAUGCAGCAGAGAGAUUGGUCUGGUGGGAAUAAAUAUGGGUCAGUAGUGCCGUAUCCCCAUCACAUGGCUCCCGAUGAUAAAUUAAAUUAGUCAGAUUUUUGUACCAAGACGGGAGGAGGGAGACUUGCGAAUGAACAUGGGAAAGAUAUAAACAAACCUCUCACUGGAUUUCUUUCUUGAU